AUGGCUCAAUCACAACCGCCGCCAUCCCGACCUCCUCUCCCACAGUCUCAGACAUCCUUUCAACGUGAUUUCCCCGCCUCGAAUGGAAGACCUAGUCCUCUGGGCGCUCAGUCCCCGCCGAUGGCUCUCGGUUAUUCCUCUCCUUCACCUCAGCAAUUCUCGCCUCAGCAAUACUCUCAGCCACCCGCUGCGAAACGACCUCGACUCUCCCCCGAUGCCCAGUCUCCUUUUCCUACACAGAGCCAUCCUCCCACGCCCAAUGCACAACCAACGACCCCCGGUGGUACUUCUACCAUGAAUGGCUCUGCGCCUCCUGGUUCUCGACCCGGGCUGAUGCCUCCGCCGCAGCGACCGACAGACAAGGAAGAUCGGAACUAUGAAGACAUCUUGUCAGGCACCGGAAUCGAUAUUGAAGAGGAGCGUAGAAUGUUGGUCAGACCGGACUACUAUGGAAGUUCGACACCGCAGACGUCAUUCCAGUCGCAGCCAGGGAGCUUUGAAUACCACAGCAAUUCGUUUGGACGACCUACGUCGAGUGGAGGAGUGCAAGGUCCUCAACGAGAGCAGGAUAAUGGCCAGAAUCGAGCACCGGAGUAUCAGCCGACGGCGGAGGAGAUCAAACAACGUGAAGAGGCACGCGCUGAUUGGGAAGCUGCAAGACACAGUCAACAUCCCUUAUGGGACAUGUUUCUGUUGGGCGGCGCCCUAAAUGAAAAAAUUCGCAACGUCAGCAUCACCGAGCAUUUGGUUGAUCCACAGUCGGGAGUCUUGGUGAACACACAGAAACAUGCGCCUCCACCCACAGUGCGCGUCAACGGGCUUGAAGGUGCUUCUCGUGUCAUCGACAAGGGUCAGGCCAUCCUCGACACCGGGCAAAAAGGCGAGCGUCUCUCAGACAUUAUGAAAGUUCUAAGUUUGGCGGCCAAGGCUCGAAUGACCGGACUCAUCAGUACCUCUGCCAGGCUAACGCAGGAACGACGACAACACUCCAAAGGAAAGAUCCCUGAUGAAUGGCAGGACAUAGCGAUCGUGGCGAAACCGGCCACUGAUGUGCAAGAGGGUGCGCCGAGUCCAGUUGGCAGCUCAAGUUUAAAGCGCACACAUUCUCAGGCAAAUAGUGAGCCGUCCAUCUCAGGUGAUCAAGUCCCAGGUCCGGCACGCCUUGUUGUGGCCAUGGAAAGUGUGUCACAAGCGGAACGAACCGCAGAAGAGGCCCGACGGCAGAAAAGACUGAAACGACGAGCCGCAGCAAAUGCAGAAGGAACACCAGGAGCAGCAGGGACUGAUUCCACACCAGACAUCGCACUCGCUGCCGCCCUUGAGACCGAAAAGAAGACUACGAAGAAGGAGAGGAAAUUAGCAGAGUCCAAGUUUUCGGAACAGCAGCAACACAAGUCUGCGAACGAAGCAGCACGCAUGGCCGUGUCAGGUCUUCUCGGAAGCCGCUUUGGCGGUAAGAAUAAAAGAACGUACGAUUGGAUGAACGCCGGCAAAGGUGGAGGAGCGAGUCCAGCAGGGACUCCAGGAAGACCUUUGGCAUCAGGCACUACAUCGGCAGCAGGCACACCGGGUCCUGACAGAACUCGAGCAGUGCCUAAGGAGAAGCAAAUCGGCCAAUGGGAUGAGGAGAAAGAAGCCAAAAUCCAGGCUCGGGAUGUGUUUCUUGUGCUUGAAAGUGACGGACGAGCCUCGCGGUCUUUUGUGCGAGGGCUGAGUUUGCCGGAAAAUUGA